GGCGCGCCCCUCGGGUGCGGGCGCCGGAGGGGAUCCCGUUGCUAGGGGCGUUGCCAAGGAGGGGCCACGAGGAGGGGCUCCCUUCCGGGAGGAGGGCAACUGGUAACCCGGAAGCGGUCGGCAGUGCGGCGCUGUUUAAAGAUGGCGGCGGAGGAACCUCAGCAGCAGAAGCAGGAGUCGCUGGGCAGCGACUCGGAAGGUGUUAACUGUCUUGCCUAUGAUGAAGCCAUCAUGGCUCAGCAGGACCGAAUUCAGCAAGAGAUUGCUGUGCAGAACCCUCUGGUCUCGGAGCGGCUGGAGCUGUCGGUCCUGUACAAGGAGUAUGCUGAGGAUGACAACAUCUAUCAACAGAAGAUCAAGGACCUCCACAAAAAGUACUCGUACAUCCGCAAGACCAGGCCUGAUGGCAACUGCUUCUAUCGAGCCUUCGGCUUCUCCCACUUGGAGGCGCUGCUGGACGACAGCAAGGAGCUGCAGCGGUUCAAGGCUGUGUCUGCCAAGAGCAAAGAGGACCUGGUGUCCCAGGGCUUCACCGAGUUCACAAUUGAGGAUUUCCACAAUACGUUCAUGGACCUGAUCGAGCAGGUGGAGAAGCGGACCUCGGUGGCCGACCUGCUGGCCUCCUUCAACGACCAGAGCACCUCGGACUACCUGGUGGUCUACCUGCGGCUGCUCACCUCGGGCCACCUGCAGCGCGAGAGCACGUUCUUCGAGCACUUCAUCGAGGGCGGCCGGACCGUCAAGGAGUUCUGCCAGCAGGAGGUGGAGCCCAUGUGCAAGGAGAGCGACCACAUCCACAUCAUCGCGCUGGCCCAGGCCCUCAGCGUCUCCAUCCAGGUGGAGUACAUGGACCGCGGCGAGGGCGGCACCACCAACCCGCACAUCUUCCCCGAGGGCUCGGAGCCCAAGGUCUACCUGCUCUACCGGCCCGGACACUACGACAUCCUCUACAAAUAGGGCUGGCCCGCCCGCCGCCGCCCUGCCUGCCCCCUCUGCCAGGCGCUAGACACGUACAGGGGGUUUUUUGUGGUUGUAAAUGGUCAUAUUUCACUCCCCCUCCCUGUCACACAACCUUCCAUGUUUUAUUAAAGGGGAUGCUGGUGGUGAGCUGCGUGUGUGCGUGUCCCUGCUCUGCUGCUGCCCGCCUGGCUGCUCUGUGUCUGGCUGUCCCCCUUCCCUCCAGGUGGGUUCCUCUUGGCCUUCCACCUGUCCACCCCCAGGCCUCCCUGCCAGGGGCAGUUCUGAGGGGCUCGGCCUCUUGGGGACCCCUCCUGGUUAGUGGGGUUCUGCUUCCUGCCCUUCAGCCCUCCCCCGUUCCCUCCUUAGCUGGCCCAGGGGCUUCCAUGGGAAUUUGGAAGUUCCUUGGGGACUUGCCCAGGGACCCAGGACCACCAAGGCUUCAAGCUGCCCCCUCAUAGGCCCCACCUCCCCCGUGCUCUCCCGGCCAGGGCCCUAGACCCUAUCACAGGUCUGCAUGGUCAAGGUGUCAGGGCGGAGAGGGCUGACAUGAUGGGGGGCGUGGCUCAGGUCGGGUGAAGCAGCUGGGGCACCCAGGUGGUGCCAGCCUUGGGGGAGGAGGGCAGCCUUCAGCCUGUGCUUGGUUCCCGCCCCCUGCCUGGGCCCGCUUCGCACCCCUUUGCUUGGGCCACCUGUCCCUGCGAUGCCUGCCUUUUGCCUUCACCUCCCCCCUUACCCCUCCCCAGCACACGUGGGGUCUUGGCCCCCAGGCUGUGAGCUCCUUGGGGGCAGGCCCUCAAUAAAUGUGCAGUGCUGCCGCC